UAAUUGAAUUGUCCAAACCACUACUCUUUUCCCGUGCAGACUUGACAUCUUCCCAUAUCCGCACAGACAAAUCUCACACAAUGUCUACCGCCGAGCUCGCAUCUUCCUACGCGGCCCUGAUCCUUGCCGACGAUGGCAUUGAGAUCACCGCCGACAAGCUCCAGACCCUGAUCGCCGCCGCCAAGGUCGAGGUUGAGCCCAUCUGGACCUCAAUCUUCGCCAAGGCUCUGGAGGGCAAGGAGAUCAAGGACCUCCUGGUCAACGUUGGCUCCGGUGGCGGUGCUGCCGCUGCCGCCCCUGGCGCUGCCGCUGCCGCUGGUGGUGCCGCUGAGGCCGCUGUUGAGGAGGAGAAGGUUGAGGAGAAGGAGGAGUCCGACGAGGACAUGGGUUUCGGUCUCUUCGACUAAACAGCCAGCUCCACCUGUUGCGGCGACUGUUUUUUCUCUUGCUUCUUUGUACUUCAACUGCAUGGCACUUCGGGGUCUUUAUCCACAUCGAUGGAUGCAUACAGGAUGGAGUGGGCGCCUAUAUCCUGCGUCCUGGGCAGAGUAGCUUCGUUCAUAAGGAUAAUAUGAUGAAUGCUCUCACACGACGGAGUUCACGCGGGGAGGGGACAAAUGGUCAAUUAAAUGACUCGGGAAGAAUAAAAAGAAAUUUUUUGACAAUUUUCACCUUUGC